CGGUUAAAACAAUUUAUGGCCAUCGUGGUGGUUUUGUGUAAAUAAAAACAGUUCCAUAAAAACCAACGAAAGCCUACUAUAAAAUAACAAUCCAAUUACUGUGCGUGUGUGUGUACAAUUUUUUCAAUGCAAGCCAAAGGCGCAGCCAAAUUUGUUGUUGUUUAAAUGUCAGUUGUAGCACAAAAAUGUCAUAAAUAAGCGAACAAGACACUCAAGGGCCGAGAAGUUGAGCGGGACAAGAUUCCAAAAGUGCGCUAAAGUUGCUUACUUUAGAAUUGGACUUGGUUAGUCAUUGCUGUUGAAGAAGUGCCCCACCCUCAAACAAAAUGAUGUGCCGGCUAUGGAGAGUAAUGCUCAUGCUAGCCCUGCUAUGGCAAAUGGCGCAGACAUCACCAGCGCCCAGUCGCCAAUACACCUGCAUGAGUUACAUGGAGAAUGAUAAUUCGCUGCAUGACGACGACUUGGAGUUCGAGAGCAAUGCGGAUAGCGUCGAGGCAGGGAAUAGCAACAGUGUGGAGCAGCCAGCUGAGUUGAAUGCUGAGCGACACAAACGCGUUUGCUCCGAGGGCUAUACCUUCUGUUUCUCGCUGUGGAAUCAAACGCCGAAUGGCACGCGUCUGGUCAAGCAGGGCUGCUGGAAGGAUAACAAUGAACGCAACUCUGCUUGCAGUGCAUCGGAGUGCACCAGCUCGGCACCCACAUCACGUACCUCAUCCCUUUAUUACUGCUGCUGCUCCGGUGAUUUGUGCAACGCAGAGGUGGCUGUUGUGGAACCAGCGCCCUUGGAGCUCUCCAACAGUGUUCACUCGGCCGUCAGUAAUCGUGCGGAAGCGCAGCAACGCCAUUCGAUGAGAGCCACGACGAUGCUCUUUUGUGCCGGUCUAGUUACUGCCAUGAUCAUCGGAAUCUUUAUUUCUAUACAAUAUUGUCGAACGAACAAAGAGAAACCGGAACCAGAACAAUCACCCCUGGCUCCAUCGGGACCUGGCUAUAGCUCCAAUUCGCGGAACGUAGAUAAUAUGAAUUUGAUUGGCAUGCUGGGCAGUGGCAAGUAUGGCACCGUGAUGAAGGGCUUGCUACAUGAACAGGAGGUGGCAGUCAAGAUCUAUCCGGAGACGCACCAUCAGUAUUACAUAAAUGAACGAAAUAUUUAUGGGCUGCCGUUAAUGGAUUGUCCAGCGCUGCUGACGUACUUUGGCUACGAUGAGCGUCGCACGAUGGAUGGACGCAUGGAGUACCAGCUGGUUCUGUCGCUGGCACCGCUAGGAUGUCUACAGGACUGGUUAAUAGCCAACACCACAGACUUUCAGCAAUGCUGUGGCAUGUUGCGGACCAUUACCCGAGGUCUGUCCCAUUUGCACACAGAGCUAAGGAUGGGGGAUGAGCACAAGCCGUGCGUGGCGCAUCGGGAUCUCAACUCGCGGAAUGUGCUGGUGAAAGCUGAUCUUAGCUGUUGCAUAGCGGACUUUGGCUUUGCACUGAAAGUCUUUGGCUCGAAGUACGAGUACAAGGGCGAGGUCGCGAUGGCGGAGACGAAGAGCAUCAAUGAGGUGGGGACGCUGCGUUACAUGGCACCAGAGUUGCUGGAGGGAGCUGUGAAUUUACGCGACUGUGAGACAUCGCUGAAGCAAAUGGAUGUUUACGCCUUGGGGCUGGUGUUAUGGGAGGUGGCCACACGCUGUUCGGAUUUCUAUGCGCCGGCACAAAUGACGCCGCCCUAUAAAGCGCCCUACGAGCAGGAGGUGGGUCCACUUCCCAGUUUCGAUCAAAUGCAGGCAUUGGUGGUGCGGCAUAAGGCGCGACCCCUAUUCCCAGCUGGUUGGGGCGGCGGUGCGGCAGCGAAAUUGGUGCGCGACACCUGUGAGGAUUGCUGGGAUCAUGAUGCGGACGCUCGUCUAACAUCCUUGUGUGCUGAGGAACGUAUGCAGGAAAUGUCGAGUCUGCGACCACGGUUGCAGGCUCAACAGGCCAGUCCUCUGCUAAACACCAACAAUCUGACGCCGGUGCCGUCAGACCAACAGCAUCCCGCCCUCAUCACAGUCACAACGACGGCUGUGCAUCAUCAGCACUCAACGGACACCGCGGGAAUGCUGCAACCACCACCCAAUCAACAACUGCCCACGGAAAAGAAUCAUUUGAGCUACACACAACAGCAGCUUCAACCCUAUCAGGGACGUAACCCUUGUCUGGAACGCAAUCUGGCGCCUUUGCCGCUGCGCACUACACCCGUACUGGUGGAGAAGAGCAAGAAGCAUAGCUUCCAGACCCCACAGGAGCACAGUCUGUCAUGCCUGGAGGACGAUGUGAGCGUGGAGGAGCUGAUAGCUGGUGGUGGCGUCAGCAUUAGCCAGAAUAGUAACAACAACAACAGCAGCACUGGCAGCCACAAGCAUAGCUCGAAUCUGGGGCAAGGGUUUCCGAAGCAACAGAAUACGGAUCGCAAGCUUCGUGGCUGGCACGGCGUUCGUGCUCUCAUACAUAAGAAGCUCUUCCGUAAGCAGGAUGCGGACGCACUUUGCCGCCAGUUAGGCUACGGUGAUGAGAAAUGCAACCUGGUGGUCGACAAUCGUUAUGUUGCCGCUCUAAAGGGUCUGGACAAUACACGUCUCGCUGUUAGCUACAUAGAUGAUCGAAGCAAGGAGCUGAGCGUUAAGUCAAGCAGCUUGAGGCGUCCCAACAAUCUUGAUCUAAGUCCCAUGUCGAUGGUAUUGGAGACGAACAAGCAGAAUCCAGUGCCGGAGCAAGGCGCCCGCUCUGCGCAGCUGCAGAGCACGGAAGAGCGGACUGGCACGCCUGCGCACAUCGUCCCACGUUCGCUAUCCACAAGUCUGAUGAAGCACAUCAGCUACGAUGGAAGUGGUUCCAAUUACAAUAACAAUAACAACGAUAAUGAAUUGCAAAUGCUGGCACAAAAACGUCGUCCUGGUCAUCUGAGGACGAACUCUCUGUUGGUUACCAGCAGCAACAGCGGCAACAGCAGCGGCGUCAACAUGCAGUCUGAACAGCAAAUGCGACGCCAACACAGUCUGGAAGUCUUCCGUGAGGUCUUCAGCGGUCGUGGCAGUACGGAACGUCUGCGCGAUCCCAGCCAGCGUGUGAAAACCCCUGGCGAUGUGCCACCCUCGGUGAGGAAGAUGCGGGCCAGUAAGACGUUGAGUCUCUAUGAUGAUCGCAUGAUGGACUCAUCGUUGCUGAACAUACUCUAGCAUGAGGAGGUUCUGCUGCUGGAGCUAUAAGACAUAUAUCUCGGCGGCAGAACGGAUCUGUAUUCAUAUCUUCACUUCAUCACACACACACUUCACAACCAUAUUCAACGAUAGCCAUACGUGUAGUUUGUAUUUGUAGUUCUAGAGAAGCCCUUGAACCAGAUGGGGAGGGGCACUAAAUAGGUCUAGAGAGAAAUGUAUGUAUGUAUUUUUUCACCGACCAUCUUAGUGUGUAGUGCGGCGAACAACCAAAGUCCUUAUAGGUUUAGUCUUACGCUAACAAUUAAAACAGUAUACAGAAAAUAUAACUAUAUAUUCAGAUACAUAGGUAUAUGUAGACAUAUACACAUAUAUGGUGUCAUAUUUUUGUGCUAAAUUGACCCAAGACGACUUACAUUGAUAUUUCCCAAUAGCAUCAGUCUGAAUAUGAACGAUAUAUAGUUAUUUAUAUAGACGUAUAUGUAUGGUUUUCAAUCGAGCUGAGCUUAGGGUGGAAGGCACAUUAUAGGCCAACAGUCAGGACCAUUUUAAAAGCCAUAUACACCAACCUUAUUCUAAUCACAUAUUAACAAAAUUAUAUAAUAUAAUGCCAUAUUUAGACACACCUACACCCACGCACAUAUACAAAUAUAGAUAUUUCUUUAUGUCGCGGUUGCCACUGUUGGACUUUAUUUGAUUACUUUCCUAUGUUACGCCUAAGUAGGACCUCCGUUUAUAAUCUUUAUAAGCUUAGAACAGCUGGAUAUCCCUCUCUGAUUAUCUUAAAAAAUUAAGUAAACAUUGUUUGCUUCACUACUUUUUGUUUACUUAUUAGUUUAAUAUUAGAGACCCAUUAAAUAAAUUUGAAAGAAAUAUUAAAUUUUUUUUGAAAAACAAAUACUCAUUUAAAUACUAUAUUUAAUUCAAAAUUCGUUUAUUAAAAUUUCUUCAAGGCCCCAACGGCGACAACCGUGUCCACCUAUUUUCGAGUAUUAUACGAUCCAAAAGAAAAUUUGACACUAAACAUACUUGUACGUGUUUGAUUGGAGUAAAUGAAUUUUAAAAGUAUGCCUUUUAACACAUUAAUUAAUUAAUUAAUUAAUCAAUUCAUGUCAAUCGGAGGCAUGCAUUUUGUUUUUGUUAUCAUUUUUAUUUUUCUAGCAAUUUUAGACCAACACACCCGCAGCCUUUCAGUG